AUGGCGGCCCCGAGCGGCCAGGGCCGUUGGAUGCAAAGUGCUGUCGGCUUUGGGGGCUAUCCGGAAUUUCAGAACCGACGGCUCCGGUACAACAAAGAAGAAUCCGCCUGCGCAGAGACACUGGAGCAGACGCGGGAGAAGCUGCAGCAGGAUCUUGCGCGAUUGAGGCUCUUCCAUGAGGUGAUGCUGCAACUUCACCGUGGCGAUUUCAAGCCGCUUCCGGGCACCAAGCCUUCCGGGAAGGUGACCUCCGCAGCCUCGGGAGGUCGAGUGCCCCGAGUGCAGAUGCCCGAACUGGAGGCCAAGCUCAAGGCUGGUGGCUGGCAGGGGAUGACUCAGCCGCUGGUUUUUGAUCGGCCUCCGGAUCUCUGUCCCUGUUACACAACUCGUGAUGCCCUGCUGUCCAAGGCUCGGGCCACCGCAGGAUUUCCAACUGCCACAGUUCUCAGCGAUCCUCUCGCAGCACAGUUUGGACCGUCAAUGCUUGGCGAUGACCGGCCGUUCCAAGAGGCUUCUGGUAAGGGGAACUGUUUUACACAACUGCAAGCCGGAAGCCUUUCACCAGGCACAGUGCCGUGGGAUUGUUGGCAAUCCAUUCCUGAAUGGAUGCGCUGUUCCAUGUUGGUGGUGUCGACUGGUCCAGGCGGAAACGGGGUCGCAUUCCACAAGCAUGGAACGGCCUGGCUUGCACUUCAAGAGGGCCGGAAAAGGUGGUGGCUCUAUCCUCCCAGCGGUCCCCCGACAAGGGAGGCGUACGAAGCACUUGCUCUCUGCCCAGCCGCCGAACUGUCGGAGGUCGUUCAAAGACUCCCACCGGAGCAGCGGCCGCUGGAGAUCCUCCAACAUGCUGGCGACUGCGUGUUCGUCCCGGCUCUGUGGUGGCAUGCUACCUACGACGAAGUACCAACUCUUGGCAUAGGCUCUCAGUUUAGCAUGGCGGAGGUUGACAUCCUUAAGUGUCAGCAGCAGUACCCGCAAAGCGCUUUUGCCUUGUACCAUGCUGCUUGUGAGAUCCACAAGACGGAGGAGAAGAAAGCUAUGGAGCUCUUUGAAGCUGCCAUCGAGCGUGAGCCUCUGAACUUCUACUUUGCUACAAACCAAGUUCUGUUUUACCUCAACAUGGUGUUCCAUCCACGUCUUACCAUUUCCAUAAUCCUUCGUCUUCUGGGACGAAUCAAGCAGCUGGACCGACGGCGACAGAUGAUCGUGCAAAGGUUCUUUAUUCCCACAAUAUGUAACUUCGUUGAAUGGCACGUGCCUCACGACCGGCUACUGAAAUAUUCUGUUGAGGCAACAGACCAUGCAUUGGAAUCUUUAGUCUCGCUGCUGCAGCCAUUGCUGCCGGGAGGUGAGGACUUUCGGCUGGGAAACGGUUUGCCUUGGAAUCUGGUCCACCUCUUGGAGUAUCCCUCGAAGUGCUUUCAUUGCGGCGCUGUUGCACACGGGAAACCUGGAGAAGCCGGCAGUGUUCGCGCCCACCGUUUCUUCUGCCUGCAUUGCACAGCAGCACGAUCUGCGGCUUGCUGCCGGCAUUGUGGUGCAGUUGACGUUGCAGGACAACUCGGCAGGCCAGACACUGCCUUCGCGCAGAGUUGGUACUGCUCAUCCUGCUGGUUGGCGUGCAAGACAGGAAUGGACUUUUCGCGGGCAAAGAACCGGCAUCUUCUGUAUGGUCAGCAGCAAACGCUUCUGGCAGAGGUUCAACUCAAAGGCUCUGCCGAGCAGAUCCGCAAGGCCCAGCGCUUGCUCCAGCGUGUGCUGAUGCACUGCAACUGGGGCCGCAGCGAGGCCAAGGUCCGGCGACUCCUGAAACCGAAGAUAAUCGAAUCAGCCGUUCUGCGGCUGUCGCCGAUGAAUACUUUGCCUGCUGGACAGAAAACGCUCAGCCAGACUCAGCCUGUGAUCUCGAUCGGCAAGGACAAAAAAAUCAACGACAUCGUGAUCCCUGCAGCCAUUGUCUCGCGACAGCACUGUGUCCUCGAGCUGGACAUCGACCGAGGCGCCAUUUAUGGGGAGCAGAGACCGCCUCGGUCUCGGCCCCAAUACGGGGCAGCCAAAGCGGCUCUGCCUGCGCUGAGCAUUUGUCGCUUGGAAUCACCGGAAGAGAUUUUGAAGAAACUUCGACAGCAUGCAGAAGAUCCCGCAAUGGCCGAGUUCACUUGCCCCAUUUGCUGGGAGCCCUUCUGGCAGCCAGUUCGGACUGUAUGUGGCCAUGCCUUUUGUGAGGGUUGCUUGUUGAAGUCUGUGCUGGCACAGCUGGGUUACGAUCAGCCAGAUGUGUCCUGUCCAAUGUGUCGGCAUCCGCUGCACGUAGAAGAUGUAGCUGCAGACGAGGCACUUCUGGCACGAAUCAGAUUGGUGGUAGCCCAGAAAGCUCGGGAAUCAGAAUCUCAAAGCAGGGGGCAUCCGGGCCGCUUGUACCGUGGAUCGACUCGCUCUCCCAUUGCCGAACAGACUCCGUCAAACCCCGGAUCGCUUCAUUGCACUGGGCAACCUUGCACGCCUGCAUUGGUCGACUGGCCAGCUCGAGCUCAAAGCUCAGGUGCACAAAGGACGCAAUUUCCAGGAAGCUGGAUGAGGGUGGCUCCCUCUGAUUCGAGACCUGCGACCUCUGGCUGCGUAGUCGCUUCCCAUAAGAGCGCUUUCUGGUCGCAGAGCUUUUCCGCCCGUCCCUCCACAUCGGGAGUCUCUGAAGUAUGGGGGGCCCGUGGUGAGGCGCCGGAAGAGGAAACGGUGGUCACUCCACUCUGGCCAACUUGGCCGGCCCCUGCGAGGAUGCAGGCAAACCUGGUGAGUGAGGUGAGCGAGGUUGGCGACCGCGAUCGCGCGGAUCGAGACAAACAUGGUUCAGUGACCGAUCGACUUCAUUCUUUGGUCAAGCCGCAGACCCCUCGAACUGCACAGCACAAGCAGCGACCCAGGUCUCAGCCUUCGAAGCAGGGAAGCCGUCCGAGCCGUGUGCUGCCACAUCAGCCACAUCCACCAGAGCUGCCGUCUUACAGGGCUCCUCUAAGCUCGAGAGGCCCGAGACCGAAGAGGACGCGAAAUCACUCCCAGACAGCGGUCAUUGACUGCAGCACAAACGGCACUUUCCUGAAUGGCUUGCGGCUGCCACCGAGAACUACCGGGAAGGUGCUUGUCUCCCACGGAGACGAGCUCCUGCUACAAGACCCGGCCAAUGACCAGGAGUUUGGCUAUGUUGUGAAUAUCCAAGAGCUGAAUGUCCGAGAGCAAACGAAGCUGCAGGCUCCACGGCGUCUUCUCUCCACCGAGGAGUCUUCAACCAUGGGCCGUGACUUCUACUGA